AUGGCUACUGGGAUGCCUGGAACUCCCUACGACAUGAACGACGGCAGCUGGUCGCAUGAGCCUCAACGUACGUACGAUGUCUUCGCGGCGGCUCCUUACUUCGGUCUCCAUGGCGAGACCUUGCACAUGGACUCGCAGCCGGCGUAUGGCUUUGCUGGCCAAGAGACGCCAUUUCCCUUGCAGACGUCGCCACUUGAGAUUCAACAAACCCAUGAGUCGACCGUUGUGAGCCCAUUAUCCUUGAAGCGACCGGGCACCGACUCACUGCAAGUCCAAACUGCUGGUGGGCUAUCGCGGAAUGGCAGCAAGCGCUCGAAGCAAGAGCGGCUGGAGCGACGCGACGAUGAGCUUUACAAGUGCACCUGGCCAGGAUGCUCGCAUAAAUCCAACUUGAUGUGUGAGAUUCGGAAGCAUUUUCAGGCAAAACACCGACCUGACGAGGCGCGACCCCAUGGGUGUCCUCAUUGCACGAAACGAUUCAACUGGCCAAAAGAUGUCCGCCGACACAUUAAGCAGAAACACAAGGAUAUCACGACACCCACGAUAGAGACGCCAGAACUUAUCAAAGACGACAGCUUCGAGUCUGAUGAAAUUCAAGCGUCGAUUCCACGAACACUCACCUCUCAAACGAAGGCAUCGAAGAAAAAGAAGAAGCUCAGUUUUUCGUCCGUUGGAAGUCUCAUCGUGGCUCUGCAAUCGCUGUCGCUCGGCUCUAAAGACACCGACAACGAAGAAGACGAAAAGGGUUAUGUACUGGUCACGCAAGACCAGGCGACAUGGCAAAAGGUCGAUUUGGAAGGGGUCAAAUCUUCUGAGAUCCUCAUGCAGAAGAUUCGGGACGUCUACCAGAAGUACGACGGCCAGCUUCUACUUUACCAACACCGCAACAAAAAACCGAACAGGCGUCUCGAGGAGGGCAAGUUGCUUCAUGCUGCCAAGAAGGCUGCCGAUGCCCAUCGCACUCUGGAGAUUGUCCUCGCGCCCAUGUUCUCAUCUUCGAAACACGAAUCGGGGUAA